AUGGCAGUGAAUACAGUGUGCAAAAUGAAGGCAGCUGGAGUUGCAUAUGAGACCAUGGUUGGCUUCCUUUCGUCGUGUGGUGCAGACGUUGGUAAUAUUGGACAUGGACGGUAAUGUGCAGUACUAUUUAUUAGCAGGAAAAGAUGCAAUACCCCUGAACAUUUACAUAAAUAAUAUACUCUCGUAACCUGUACUUCUAAAUCCAUGAUGGAGACCAUGACGGUUGAGAACUUUUACUUUGUAAAAAUCAAUGUUCAGUUGUAGCAUGUGUGCCUGUAAAUAGAACUAAUUCUUGACUACAACUCAAAAUUGAUUUUUAUGAGACUGUCUCUGAUGUAGGUUUCACAUCGUUUGAAGAUACUGUUCUUUGCAGUAAUCAAUUCCCUGAAAUCAUCAAUACUGCCUAUCAUUAUGUCAUUCAGCAAACACAGAACUUUCUAAAAGAACCACUGACAUCAACCGGUUUACGCCCACACGUAUCUGUUGCUGUUGACAAGUCAACGCCUCAAAGGGAUACGAAUCGCACAAGUUUGGUGCUCCUUCCUGUUAAUGGGAAACGAGUAGCCAUGCCACUUGAUGCUCCCCUUGUAUAUUCAGUAUCUGCAGAAGGUGAUAUUGAAGGAGGAAGUGGUCAACACCUUGCAGAACAGGUGGUAGAUGCCCUCCGUAAUAAAUUGAAAUUCAACGACACAGAUAUGAACUAUGUAAGAGGUAGGUCGAUUGUGGAUACAGUAUGCUGUACAGAUAUACUGUAUAAUGAUAUACGUAACUUUAGUGAGAUGCAGCUAUUCCAAUUAAGGUUGUCCACAAGCAAAGUGGAAAAGUCGAAUACGAGUGCGAAAGGCUGCUGGGAAUUGUUAACAAACUAAUGAAUUUUCAAAGCGAUUCCCAGCAGCCCUUCGCGCUCGUAUUCGACUUUUCCGCUUUGCUUGUGGACAACCUUAAUUGAAAUAGCUGUACAUUGCCAACCUAGUCCAUUAGACAAUUUGUUGUCAUGCAGUGUUAUGAUUGGAUAUUUCAGAACCUACUUCAAACAAUGCACCAGAGUGUUAUUAUGUACAUUCUUUUACAUUCUAGCUGUUCAUGCUAAAUGGACAAUAUCAGGCAAAUACCUUCCAGGACGCUCUCUACACCAAACUUGGAAAGAACAAUCGUUCUGCUGAUCCUUUCUUUUUAACAACUUGGGAUGCUUCCCACUGGAUGGACCUUGUGAUGGUGGAGAUGCAAGAAGAAAAUGGUUCCUCAGCAUUCUUGAAACGACUAAUUAAAAGAUCCAACAGACUCCAUACCAUGUUUGCCUGA